UCAUUUCAACACACUAUUCAUCCAUCCCCCUCUCUCUCUACAUAUUUCUUUCUGUAAAACUUCACUUCUUGUUCAGUUUGUGAACUAAAGCCUCUCGAUAGUGAAAAUUUUUGUUGAAGGCCAAGCAGAGAAGUUGAAGUAAUGGCAGGAGCUAGUGGAGGAAGAUCUCUGGAGCAGACACCCACAUGGGCUGUUGCCAUAGUUUGUUUCGUUUUGGUCGUGAUUUCAAUAAUCAUAGAGCACAUAAUACAUGUUAUUGGGAAGUGGUUAAGGAAGAAACACAAGACAGCUCUUUACGAAGCACUAGAAAAAAUCAAAUCAGAGCUUAUGCUAUUGGGGUUUAUAUCCCUGCUUCUAACGGUAGGGCAAAGUCUUAUCUCCAACAUAUGCAUACCGGAGAAAGUUGCGAACACUUGGCAUCCAUGCAGCAAAAACAAGACCCAAAAGAGCCGGCAGAGACUUCUUUCGUUUUUGUCAGAUUCCGGGGGAAGCGUACGGCGUGCUUUGGCGUCGCCGGAUUCAUCUAACACUUGUGGUUCGGGAAAAGUCUCGUUCAUAUCAUCGGAUGGUAUUCAUCAACUACACAUUUUUAUAUUCGUGUUGGCUGUUUUCCAUGUUCUUUAUUGUAUCCUCACAAUGGCUUUGGGUCGAGCUAAGAUGAGGAGUUGGAAAAGAUGGGAGAAAGAGACGAGAACGGUAGAGUACCAAUUCUCUCAUGAUCCUGAGAGGUUUAGGUUUGCGAGAGAAACAUCAUUCGGAAGAAGACAUUUGAGCUUUUGGACCAACUCUCCUUUCCUCAUUUGGAUUGCGUGUUUCUUUAGGCAGUUCGUGAGGUCGGUUCCUAAGGUUGAUUAUUUGACAUUGCGACAUGGAUUUAUUAUGGCACAUUUGGCCCCUCAAAGCGGCGCAAAAUUCGAUUUCCAAAAGUACAUUAAUAGGUCACUUGAAGAGGACUUCAAGGUGGUCGUGGGAAUUAGUCCUCCAAUCUGGUUCAUGGCCGUGCUCUUCCUUCUCUUUAAUACCCAUGGUUGGUUUUCUUAUCUAUGGCUACCAUUUAUCCCAUUAAUCAUCAUCCUGUUAGUUGGAACUAAGCUACAGGUGAUCAUAACCAAAAUGGGUCUCAGAAUAAUGGAGAGAGGGGAGGUUGUGAAAGGAGUGCCGGUAGUUCAGCCAGGUGAUGACCUAUUCUGGUUAAAUCGCCCACGCCUCCUCCUCUACCUCAUCAACUUUGUUCUCUUUCAGAAUGCCUUUCAACUUGCAUUCUUUGUAUGGAGUUGGUAUGAAUUCGGAAUAAAAUCUUGUUUCCACGAGCAUUUGGAGGAUAUAAUCAUCAGAGUUUCGAUGGGGGUCCUUAUACAAAUCCUUUGUAGCUACGUCACGCUCCCUCUCUAUGCCCUUGUAACACAGAUGGGCUCAAAUAUGAAGCCAACAAUUUUCAAUGAAAGAGUUGCGGUUGCUCUACGAAACUGGCACCACACAGCCAAAAAACACAUCAAGCAGAGCAAAGGGUCCGUGACCCCAAUGUCAAGCAGACCAACCACACCAUCCCACCACAUGUCCCCUGUCCACCUAUUGCGCCAUUACAAAAGCGAAGUCGACAGCAUUCAAACAUCACCUAGAAGAUCCAAUGUUGAUAUGGAAAAUUGGGAUACAGAUUCUCCCUCUCCUUCACACCCUCACAUUAGUGGUGAUGGUUCGUCGUCUUCACACCAUCAUUUUCGGCAAAUGGAACAAGCUUAUGCUGAGGAUGAAAACAGGAAUGUGAAUGAAGCGGGUUUGCGUAAUCAAGCGCCUCAGCAUGAGAUUGAUAUUGCAUCAUCUCAAGAGUUUUCUUUUGAUAAGAGACACGGAACCAUAUAAUUGAGAUUUGGGGAAACGGUUGAUUUGUUACUUGUUGGUGGGAACAAAGGCAUGACCUAGGGAGAUUGGGAAUGCUUAUUUUGCGUCUCAUUGUAUAGUUCUUUUUUCUUUAAUUUGUUGUUUAAUUUUCAACUUCAGCAUUGCUAAUAUUGGAGCCUUUCAUUGCUUUUACGUGAAAACUA